ACAAAAUAACAAAUUUAUACACGAAGAAGAAACCGAAGAAAGGAAAGAGAAAGGAAUCAAGGAUAGUUAGCUGAAAUUUUUAAUUUAUCAGAAAUUAAAGAAAACCUCACCUCAGAGUGUAGUACGUUCUGAUGCAAUCAUUUCUAAAGAGUACAAAAUGUCGAACGACGUUAUAAAUUGCGAAGUGGGAAUACCAGUAAUUGAUUUAUCAUGUUUACAAGAUCCUAACAAUCCUGAGAAUGAAUGUGCGAAGACGACAAGAUCUAUCGCUGAAGCAUGCAGAGAUUAUGGUUUCUUCUAUGUCAAAAAUCAUGGCGUGAGUGAACAUGUACAGAACAAUUUAUUUAAUGCUUUGAAGAAAUUCUUUGCGUUGCCUGUGGAUGAAAAAGAAAAAAUCAAAUCACAAGGUACGCCAGGUAUGGUGGGUUACUUCAGUUUUCAGAGUGAAACAACAGCCUACUUGGUGAAUGAUGACUCUGACUGGCGUGAGGGGCUGUAUGCCUUCGGAGGCGAACUUCCUGACUCACACCCAAGCAAAGAGAAAUUUCCACUUGUUACACAGAAAAAUUUAUUGCCUGAAGAACCUGGGAAUUUCAAGGAAGUUCUUGACACUUAUCAAAAAGAACUAAAAGAACUGGGUUUCAAAAUUAUGAGUGCUCUAGCACAAGGCAUGGGUAAGUAUGUUAAACUGUAUGUGCAAUCAGGUGCGAUGUUGCAAAAUUCAGUUUCCCAACAUGGCCAUGGAUUCUGCAAUUUUCCAAUCAGGAUUGAAACAUUGGGGUAACAUUCAUUUGUCAUUUGUUACUUUAAUUUGUAAUACAGUGAUUGAUAUUUCAUGAAAUUAAUCUGCCAAUUAUUUGAUAAAAUCUGCCUUCAAAUAAUCUAUAGCCUCAUGCACUGCCAUGCAGUAAAUUAAUCUAACAUUCUUAUAACAACAGAUUUCAACAAUGAUUCCAAUUUCUGGAAUCUAAUUACACAUUCAAGGCUUUGCUAAAUUUGCUUUUAUUAAUAAUGGCCUAUUGGCCUAUCAGACGUUUGUGUUUGUAGAAAAAGAAUGUCAGUUAAGCUUAUUUAUAAUUAAAAGUGAAUCAGCUAUAAUUUGAUGACAAUUAAGACUUCUGUGGGGUGAAGUAUGUUUCCCUUAAUGGCAAUUCACUUAUUCAAAAACAAAAAAUCUUGUAUUUACUCCUUUUAGGAUUAAAGGAAGACUUUUUUGCUCAAAAGUUUCUUCCAUAUUCUUCAACCACUAUUGGCAUGUACCAUUACCUUCCUAGCACAAACCAACCACAUGAGAUUUGCUGUGGAGAGCAUACAGAUUAUGGUAUGCUAACCAUUCUCAUGCAAGAUGACGUUGGAGGGCUAGAGAUAAGAGGCGAAGAUGGUAAGUGGAUCCCAGCUCCACCUAUCCCAGGGACAUUUGUCAUCAAUCUUGGAGAUAUGCUGGAAGUAUGGACAAAUGGUUCAUACAAAGCCACAAUGCAUCAAGUCAGGAAAUCAAAUAGUGGAAGAGAUCGUAUUUCUGUUGCUUAUUUCUUUGGUCCACAGUUAGAAACUGUUGUGAGUCCUUUUGAGAUAAAGAAUCCACUAAUUCCAUUUAAAGAGAGGGACCUGAAUAGUAAUAUUAAAUUGCCAGUAGUCUUUGGAAAAUUUUUGGAAGAAAAGUACAGAGGCACUUUCCCUGAUCAUGAUUAUUGAACACUAUGACACUAUACCACAACCACCCAAAGUAUGUCACCACACUCUGAUUGGUCAAGGAUAGACUUCAGAUUACAUAUGAUUAAUAUAUAUGAUAAAUGCUGUGGAGUUUUACCAUGGCCCAGUAGCACACACAGACAUAGCCUGUGUAGCAUGCUCUUGUAUUAGGAGGGAUCAUGCAGCACUGCAUGCAUAACCUGCUAGAAACAUUUCUAUGUUGUGAACAUGGGAAUGUUCCCUAAUCAGGAUAUAAUGAAUAUGAUAAUGAUAACUAUAAGGACUUUUAUUUAAGAAUUAAACAUUGUUAUUUAUAUGCCAGAUUAAGCUGAGCCUCAUCCUUGUACAUAGGGUCUUUUCAGCAGUGCCUGUGGCACCAGAAUGUGAGAGAAAAUACCACGGGAGAUUGGUUGGACCUAAUAUGCAAUUGAUGAAACUAUUUGGUUGCGUGGUAUUUACAAAUAGAUUAUCUCAACCAACUUAAUUGCCUGCUUAAAUUUAGCCCCCUGGGCCAUAUUACUAU